ACGAAGAAAAAAAACGUAAACAUCAAUACGGAAGUAAAGAAGUACGAGGCACGCACUAUUUAGUUGUCAUUUUUCUAUUAACUUGAGAUGUAUUUCUCAUUUCCAAAAGUGACUUUGUCAUAUGUAUUAUGAAGUAACGGUCACCAGAGUGGACUUUGGACGCUUUACCUAAGCGAAUGAUGGAGGGCUCCAAGACGUCGAGCACAACAAUGCAGGUUAGCUUCGUGUGUCAACGCUGCUGCCAGCCUCUUAAGUUGGACACUUCCUUCAACGUGCUGGACAGGGUCACCAUCCACGAACUUAUUGCUCCUUUGGUGACUGUCACUCCCAGCAAGCAGACAGACAGCAGUGAAGGAGAGACAACAACAGAGGAGACCUUUGUAGAAAACAAGCAAGAUGGGGUGUCCAGGAAAUACAUCCCACCUGCACGCAGGAUGAUGUCCACAGAGAGCGCCAACAGCUUCACACUGAUAGGAGAUGCGUCAGACGGAGGCACCAUGGAAAAUCUAAGCCGCAGACUGAAAGUGACAAGUGACCUGUUUGAUAUCAUGUCCGGUCAGACGGACGUGGACCACCCGCUGUGUGAGGAAUGCACCGACACGCUGUUGGACAACCUGGACACACAGCUCAACAUCACGGAGAAUGAAUGUCAGAAUUACAAACAAUGUCUGGAGCUGCUGUCUCAGCUGCAGGUGGAGGACGAGGAGACGCUGCUGACGGAGCUGCAGCAGCUGAAGGAUGAGGAGGCGUCUUUGGUCCAGGAGCUGGAGGCCGUGGAGGAGCAGAGAGCUUCUGUGGCCCAGGAGUUGGCCCAAAGCCGCGUGCAGUCUCAGCAGCUGGAAACAGAAGAGCUGCAGUACCAAAAGGAGUACAGCGAGUUUAAACGUCAACAGCUGGAGCUGGAUGACGAGCUGAAGAGCGUCGACAACCAGAUGCGUUACUGCCAGAUUCAACUGGAUCGACUCAAGAAAACCAACGUCUUCAACGCCACUUUUCACAUCUGGCACAGUGGCCAGUUCGGAACCAUCAACAACUUCCGUCUGGGUCGACUUCCCAGCGUUCCUGUGGAGUGGAACGAGAUAAACGCCGCCUGGGGCCAGACGGUGCUGCUGCUGCACGCUCUGGCCAACAAAAUGGGGCUGCGUUUCCAGAGAUAUCGCCUGGUCCCUUAUGGAAACCAUUCAUACCUGGAGUCGCUGACCGAUAAGGCAAAGGAGCUUCCACUGUACUGUUCUGGUGGCCUCAGGUUCUUCUGGGACAAUAAAUUUGACCACGCCAUGGUGGCCUUCCUGGACUGCGUGCAGCAGUUUAAAGAAGAGGUGGAAAAAGGCGACACUGGCUUCUGUCUCCCGUACAGGAUGGACGUGGAGAAAGGCAAGAUCGAGGACACGGGCGGCAGCGGCGGCUCCUACUCCAUCAAGACUCAGUUCAACUCCGAGGAGCAGUGGACCAAAGCGCUGAAGUUCAUGCUCACCAAUCUGAAGUGGGGGCUGGCCUGGGUCACCUCGCAGUUCUACAACAGAUGAACACAAGCAGGAUGCCCACAAACCACCAGCUUGGAUUUUGGAUGCUCUGUCUUUUUUUUUCUUCUUCUCUCAUUUCAGAUGUAUUGAGAUUAUGUAAGACACUGUUUAUUGUGUGUGUGUGUGUGUGUGUGUGUGUGUGUGUGUGUGUGUGUGUGUACUGAGAGCGUAUACUUUAACUUAAUAA